CAGCCGUCAAAUAAUAUUAAAAUGAUAUUUUUUCAUCUUUUGUGAUAUAUUAAUAUUUUUUUUUAAUUUUUGAUUGCAAACUUAUGUUAAUAAAUGAAUAAUGUUGUAGAAUUUAUAAUAAUUGUGCGGUUCUUAAAUAGUAUGAACAAAUUUAAUGGAAGCCGUCAACAACUCUAAAUAUCCUGGACAAUUAAUUGGAACUCCACCGCUUAUUGGAACACCUAUGCUGUCACCUAAUCCGUCAAUAUUGCCUACAAAUGCUCCGGUAGUAGCUCAAGCAAUGCCUGGAGUGACCCCCAUGAUUCCUGCUGGAUCUGCAAUGAUUGGGGCUCGACCAGUUGCAAAUCAGGCAGCACCCCUGAUCCCAAUGCCAGCCAUGGCGCCACCUAUGUUUCCCACCAUGGUGCCACAAUUUAACAUCCCUCCACCUGGUUUUCCUGUAAUUAAACCGGAAAACCAUGUUGCUUUGCCACUGGCAGAUUCUGUACCUAAAGUACCACCAGUAGAGCCCGCAGUACCUACUCCUUGGACAGAACAUAAAGCUCCUGAUGGCAGGGUAUACUAUUAUAAUUCAAUUACAAAACAAAGUUCAUGGGAGAAACCAGAUGAACUAAAAACUCCUGCGGAGAAACUUUUGUCAUCAUGCCCAUGGAAAGAGUAUCAUUCCGAUCAAGGCAAGGUUUACUAUCAUAAUGUAAAUACAAAAGAAUCCAGAUGGGUUAUUCCUCCAGAAUUAGCUGAAAUUAAGACAUUGCUGAAUUUGCCUAAUAUAAGUUCAAAACAGAGCAUUGAUAGUUCUAGGAGUUUGAAUUCCACUUCCCCUACACCUUCUGUGAUAGCUCCCGUUACUACAUCCAGUGCUGUUACUACACAAGCAUCAGCCGAAGAUUCCAAAUCUGCUUUGGAUCAAGCAAUGGCAGCAACAUUAGCAGCAAUUUCUGUGCCAGAAACACCUCCAACAGUAGCUCAGACUGUUACAGAAGUAGUACCUGUACCUGAAAAACCAACCACUCCUGAACCUAAAUCGAUUGAAAUCCAAUUUAAAGAUAAAAAAGAAGCAAUAGAGGCAUUUAAAGAACUUCUCAAAGAAAAAGAUGUACCAUCGAAUGCUAGUUGGGAAUUGUGUGUCAAAAUGAUAUGCAAAGAUCCUAGAUACCCGACAUUGAAAAAGUUAAAUGAGAAAAAACAAGCAUUUAAUGCUUAUAAAACACAAAAGCAGAAAGAUGAGAAGGAGGAGCAAAGAUUAAAAGCCAAACGUUCUAAAGAGAACUUAGAAAAAUUUCUGAUGUCUUCUGAAGACAUGACUUCAACUACAAAAUAUUAUAAAUGUGAAGAAAUGUUUGGCUAUAUGGAUGUUUGGCGAAAUGUAGCAGACCUAGACAGGAGAGAUAUUUAUGAGGAUGUUUGUUUUAAUUUAGCCAAACGAGAGAAAGAAGAAGCGAGAGCUUUGAAGAAACGAAAUAUGAAAGUUUUAGCUGAGUUAUUAGACAGCAUGACAUCUAUUUGUUACAAUACUACCUGGUCAGAAGCACAAUUCUUACUCUUAGAAAAUGCUACAUUUAAAAAUGAUGUUUGCUUAUUAGGUAUGGAUAAAGAAGAUGCUUUAAUUGUUUUUGAAGAACAUAUUAGGGCAUUAGAAAAAGAAGAGGAAGAGGAGAAAGAAUUUGAAAAGAAAAGGAUAAAACGGCAGCAUAGAAAAAAUAGGGAUCAAUUUUUGUCUUUAUUAGAUUCAUUACAUGAAGAAGGUAAACUCACAUCAAUCUUAUGGGUAGAACUAUAUCCUAUAAUUUCAGCAGACCUUAGAUUUUCAGCUAUGUUAGGUCAAUCUGGUUCAACACCGUUGGACCUGUUUAAAUUUUAUGUAGAAGAUCUGAAAGCUAGGUUUCAUGAUGAAAAGAAGGUCAUAAAGGAAAUUCUGAAAGAAAAAGAAUUUGCAGUCAGUCCAAGCACAACAUUUGAAGAUUUUGCAACGGUUGUUUGUGAAGAUAAAAGAUCUGCAACUUUAGAUGCUGGAAAUGUUAAAUUAACAUUUAACUCAUUACUAGAAAAGGCAGAAGCAAUAGAAAAGGAACGUCUAAAAGAUGAAGCAAAGAAACAAAAGAAAAUAGAAAAUGCCUUAAAAUCUUUAAUGAAAUCUUCAAAUUUAGAUCCGAGCAUGGAUUAUACACAAGUUGUAGAACAAUUACAGGAUACACAUGAAUGGGAGGCAGUUGAAAGUCCGAUUGAUAGAGAAAGAGUUUGGCAGGAGUAUAUACAUGAAAUAGAAGAUAGUUGUAGUCAUUAUCAUUCUCGAUCCAGGAAAUCUAAAAAAAAUAAGAAGAAUAAAAAAAGAAAUAGAUCUUCAUCAAGAUCUGGAACAGAAUUUUCUGAGUAUGAGCGGGAACGAGAAAAAUCUAAAAAGGGAAGAAGGAUGUCUCGGUCCAGAAGUAGUAGUUCCAUAAGGAGCACUGACAGUACGGCGAUGCUAAAGAAACGUAAAAACAAACGAAAACACAAGAAACAUAGUCCUAGUUGUUCGCCCAUUUCCGAGGAGCGAUCGCCGUCGUCUCGCGGCCGUCGUCACGACUCGGCCUCACCGAUUGCGUCGCCGAUCCAUUCCGAUGACGAGCUAGCGAAAUCGGUUCCUAGCAAAAAACACCGCCAUAAGAAUAAGGGCGAGGAGAGCAGGAGGCGCAGGUCGAAUUCGGGGUCAGUGUAUUCGACACCAGGAUCUCCCAGGUCGAAUGAGGACGGCGAAAACCUUAGCGAGACGGAACUAGAAACGAAGCGGGCGCUGCUGCUUGCCCAGCUCAACGAACAGGAUGAGUAGUACGAUUAACAGCGCCCCGAUUAACAUCUCUUUCAAAACAACAAAUUCAAUUUAAAUAAGUUAAAGACAAUGGUUAAGUGGAUGCCCGUUCAAGACUUCGAUAGUUAAAAUUUUACAUACUGCCACGUCAAACGUGAUGCGAUUUAAGCCACUUAAUGUUUCUCAAGUAUCAAUUUUAAAAAAACACUAAUCGGCCAAACUAUUGCUACGUUUGACGUGACCAUCACUUCGGAUUUCUAUCAUUUACCUCGGCAUCUACAAGAAGUUCAUUAAUAACAUUAUUACGAAAACUUAAUGAAUAGUGAUCAUUUUUUAUACAAAACUUGACAAACAUUAAAAAUAUUAA